AUGAACAACGAGCAAUUUCGACGCUUGCUUUUCGAAGACCAAUCGAAAAAAACGGGCCAUGACUCUACACUUGCCAAAAAAACGUCACCUGUUGGCGGGGAUGCCGCGCGUUCGAAGCCUGCAACUUUGGGUUCUAAUAUGCGACCGAAAAUUCCGAUGACUCCUCGCUCAGUCAUCGGCGUAGAUUUUGCUCGUCAAUCAGCCGACCAUCGCCGUGAAUCGCAACCACCACCUGCGAAGAAAUUCAGAUCCUCAGCUGCUCCCAAGGGUACCAAGUUGGCCGAGGGAUACCAGGACAGAACACUUCUGCGGCGGGCGGGUCAGGAUGAAGAAGGGAAUGUAGAAGGAUAUGGUAGUGACGAUCGGGGAGAUGAUGACCUGGAGCACAGGGUUCGAGCGUUGGAGGAUAUGGUUAAACUUGGCCAGGUCGACCAGCCUACGUUCGAGAAACUUAGGGAGGAGAUUGGGGUUGGAGGCGAUGUGAAAAGCACACAUUUGAUCAAAGGACUGGAUUGGAAACUAUUGCGGAGGGUUAAGGCUGGGGAAGAUAUCAAUGCGCCUCCUCCUAGCGUGUCCGAAAAUGGGGUGUCUGGACAACCGCAGGAGAAGGUCGUUCGGGAUAUCGAUGAAGAGUUUGACAUGGUUCUUGAAGAAAAAGAGAAGGAAGUUAAGGAGCCUGCGCAAAAGGUUGAGAAGGUUAAGAAAGGGUCUAUGGCUCCUCCGUCGCUGGAUGGUAGUCGAAGAAUGACCCGAGAUGAAAUUUUGAAGAAGUUAAAGGCCUCCCGGGCUGCUCCUGAGGUGCAACAACACAUCUCUGAACCUCCCGCUUCGGCACUUGGCGAAAGGUUUAAAAAAAUAGGAUCAAAGUCUAAAAAAAAGCAGUGGAUUGAAACGAAUGAGCACGGCAGACGACGAGAAGUCCUUCUUACAACUGAUUCAGAGGGGAAGACAAAGAGGAAAGUUCGAUGGCUUGAUAAACCAGACGAUCAAGCACAGAGAAGUGAGGACUCUGGGCUUUUACCAGUCGACAAACAUGCAAAGCCACUGGGUAUGGAUGUCCCUGCUGAAGUUCUGUCGCGAGCGAAUGCAGCCGCGACAGUGGAGGAAGAAGACGAUGAUAUUUUCCAGGGCGUUGGGAGGGACUAUAAUCCGCUUGCCGACAUGGAGGAUGAGGAUGAUCAUGGAUCUUCAUCUUCCGACGAAUCAGAUAAUGAAAUGAAAGGGAAUGCCUCGCCACCUCGUGUGGAUAUAGUCAAUGAUGGCCAUGCGCAGCAGGAACAACCCCUCCCUCAGCCAGCGAAAGUCCGGGAUUACUUUGCUACGUCCUCCAGUACCAGAGAAGAUCGAGAAACCGUGAACAAGCCUACUUCGAUUUCCAGUGACCCAGCCAUACUUGCGGCACUAAAACGCGCUGCAGCGAUUAGGCAGGCAUCUCCGGUAGACCUCGAUGGUGGCGCUGGCCUAGAUCAAGAGGCGACUCUCAAACGCAAAAAGUUUCUUGAAGAGGCCAAGAGACGAGAAAGAGAAGACGCAAUGGAUCUGGAUCUUGGGUUUGGUGGAAGUAGAUUUGGAGACGAAGAUGAUGAGGAGGCGGGCUGGGAAGCGGAGGGCCGCGGCAGGGGGACUAAAAGGAAGCGAGGCCCUAAAAAGAAGAAAGGCGACAAGGAUAGUGUAAACGAUGUGAUGAAGGUGCUCGAAGGGAGACGCCAAGGUGAGAAAUAAGGAUCAUAAUCCAAGAGUGAUGGUUGAAAACAUGGUGCUAUCUCGUACUCAAUGGUGUGGACGCUGCUGUGACCUUUUUAUAAUUCCAGCAAAUCUUCAGCACUGCUCGGCAUGUGCGUAUCAAGCG